CGCCCCUUGGACUUCCACGCCAUAGCAGGGCGCUGCGAGAGAGGUUGGGAAGCCGCUGUCUCGGCAGAUCGCAGCCAUCCCACCUCCCUUCCCUGGGCGUGAUGCGCCCUCUCUCUCUCUCCCUCCCUUCGGUGACUUUCUGCUUUCCAACGCCGGUGCGCUUGCUAAAAAGUUAAAGGGGUGACUACCGGUGCCACCGCUGCUGCCGGCCGCUCAGCCCUCUCCCGGCUCGUGCCACAUGUAGCCCCGGGGCGCUUCCCGGCUGCAAAAGCACACGUUUCCAAAGCGCAGCGCAAAGGAAAGCCCUCGCGUCUGCCUGCCUUUUUCCUCUGGCGCCGCCCACCCCUCCGGCGCACCGAUGUCCUCUACUCCCGUGCGAUCGCCCACCCUGCGGCCCCACAGGAUGAAGAAGGACGAGUCUUUCCUGGGCAAGCUAGGCGGGACGCUGGCCAGGAAGAAGAAAGCCAAGGAGGUGACUGACCUGCAAGAAGAGGGUAAAAAUGCUAUCAAUGCACCAAUGUCCCCUGCUACCACUGAUCUGCAUCCGGAAGAUACUUUGCUAGAGGAGAAUGAAGAACGCACCAUGAUAGAUCCCAACUCAAAGGAGGAUGCCAAAUUUAAAGAACUCAUCAAGGUUUUAAUUGACUGGAUAAAUGAUGUCCUGGUUGAAGAAAGAAUAAUUGUCAAGCAACUUGAGGAGGAUGUCUAUGAUGGACAGGUGCUACAGAAGCUGUUGGAGAAACUAGCUGGCCGUAAACUGAAUGUGGCCGAAGUGACGCAGUCUGAAAUUGGCCAGAAACAAAAGCUGCAGACCGUUCUGGAAGCUGUCCAUGAUUUACUCCGACCCCAUGGCUGGACUAUCAAGUGGAAUGUUGACUCAAUCCAUGGCAAGAACCUGGUCUCCAUCCUCCAUCUGCUUGUAGCAUUGGCUAUGCAUUUCCGGGCUCCCAUCAGACUUCCUGAACAUGUUUCUGUGCAAGUGGUUGUUGUAAGGAAACGAGAAGGUCUUCUCCAGACAGCCCACGUCACAGAGGAGCUCACCACCACCACAGAGAUGAUGAUGGGAAGAUUUGAGCGAGAUGCUUUUGAUACACUCUUUGACCAUGCUCCAGACAAACUAAGUGUAGUAAAAAAGUCCCUGAUCACUUUUGUAAACAAGCACCUAAAUAAGCUGAAUUUGGAAGUGACAGAAUUAGAAACCCAGUUUGCAGAUGGUGUAUACUUGGUAUUACUGAUGGGCCUCCUUGAGGACUAUUUUGUUCCACUCCACAAUUUCUACUUAACGCCUGAAAGUUUUGAUCAGAAGGUUCACAAUGUUUCCUUUGCGUUUGAGCUGAUGCAGGAUGGAGGGCUGAAGAAACCAAAAGCUCGGCCAGAAGAUGUUGUCAACUUGGACCUGAAAUCUACCCUAAGAGUUUUGUACAACCUGUUUACAAAAUACAAGAACAUUGAAUGAUUUGGAGACCUCCUGAGACGCUAAUCUUCAUGACACCUUUUUUUAGGGAAGAGGGGAGGAAAUAAACUUUUCUUUUUCUUCUUCCUAUGCCAUAUGUUGUAUUCCUUGGUGCAUGAUGGUGUCCCUUCUUUCAUUAGCAUUAUCUCCAUGUAACUCUUGUGUCCUUUGAGCCCACUUAAAAUGUAGCUUAAUUCCUUGAAAUAUUCACAUUGUACUUGUUGGUUCUAGAAGAUUAUUGUCUCCCAUAUGCUGCAUUCAACAAAAAUGCCUUGUUCCAUUAGCAUAGAGUGAAGUUACAAUUCAUUCUGGUAAUGAGAAGAUUUAAAGUUGUUGAUGAAGUAGUACUGUGACAGAUUUUAUCCAAAUAAUUUCCUUGUUUCUUUUCCAUAUUUCAGCUCUGUCAUGAAUUCUCUAGAUGGCUUUAAGCAAGCCGCUCUUAGCCUCAGCCCCUGCAUCUGUAAUAUGGGGAUGAUUGAUGAUGAUAGUGAUAAUAAUAAUGCUUACAGAGUCAUUGUAAGGGUUACUGAGAAAAUGUACAUGAAGCUCUUUGAACACUCUUAAAUGCUAUAUGAAUGCUAAAUAGUAGUAUUUUGCUAGGCUCCAGGGUGUAACGUUGACACAUAGCGUACCAGGAUGGGUGAAACUGAAGUUAGAUGGAGUGUGGAAUUGAAUUCAUUUUUAAAUGUGUGCAGCUGUGAGGUGGAAAGUAGCAGUAAUCUAUUUGGGAAAGGACAAUUCUGUCCAUUCAAAAUUUAGAGGGUUGUGUGCAUCUCCUCUGGUCCCUUCUUUUGUUUUAUAUCCUGAUUUUAUGUAUCUCAUCUCUAUUCAUUGUUACAGCUUCAUUUAUAUAUGAAUUUUGUUUCACUGUCUUUGUUUGUUUUGAGACUGACCUGAAACUCUUCUAUAUAUCUUUUGAAGACAUUUUCUACCUUUUUGUCUUAUGCUUAUACCAUACAGUAUUAUUGCCACUGGAUACACUGUGAAUCUCAGAUGGAAUGGCUGCCUAACUUGAAUAAAGUUUGUUUACUUGAA